AUGGCUGGCCCAAUCACAGUGGGUGUAAUAGGCGCCACAGGCAAAACAGGUUCGUCCGUGGUGGAAGGCCUGCGCUCCUCGCCAACAAACUUUUCAGUGACCUCCCUCACACGAGCCACGUCGGUCGACAACUCUACCGACCAGCAAUUUGCCGCCAAAGGCGUUCAGAACAAGCGGGCAAGCGGAGAGAUUUCCGCCAAGGACUAUAUCUCAGAAGCCGAAAUCAACCAGGUCAUCAAAGAAACGCGACAGAGACUGGACGCAAGCCCCAAGCCCGUGACGCACCCGGACAACAUCAUGGAUAUUGCCAACUACAACAUGGGACAGUAUCGCAUACCGUGGUGCAUCCGUGGGGACAACACGCCGGAAUACGCCGACUAUCUGGGAAACGUCAAUUUCUGGAACCUGUUCCCUGACUUCCCGCGGGGCAGAAGCCUUGCGGAAUUCUACCAAUACGUUCUGGACAAUGACUUAUCGGAUCUGCCGGGGUAUCCGUACACAGCGGCCGGAGUUCACAAAUAG